GACACAUUAACAUUCAAGAAGAAGAGCGAGCCGUAGGCACAGCAAAAGAGUUUUCUUCAUCUCGCCGCAAUACUAUUCUUUGAACAGAGUUUGGGUUGGUUUAAUUGGUAAGCGAUGCCUCUCAAACUGGACAUCAAGCGUCGCCUGACGUCGCGCUCGGAUCGCGUCAAGUGCGUGGAUCUGCAUCCAGCCGAGCCGUGGAUGUUGUGCGCCCUAUACAAUGGCCACGUACACAUCAUGAACUAUGAAAACCAGCAAAUGGUUAAAGAUUUCGAGGUAUGCGACGUCCCUGUACGCUCCGCCCGUUUCGUGGCACGCAAGAACUGGAUCAUAACAGGAUCGGAUGAUAUGCAAAUCCGUAUUUUCAACUACAACACUCUGGAGAAGGUGCACUCGUAUGAGGCGCACUCGGACUACCUGCGCUGCAUUGCCGUGCAUCCCACGCAGCCGCUCGUGCUGACCAGUAGCGACGACAUGCUCAUCAAGCUGUGGAACUGGGAGAAGCUGUGGGCCUGCCAACGUGUCUUCGAGGGUCACACCCACUAUGUGAUGCAGAUCGUGUUCAAUCCGAAGGAUAACAAUACAUUUGCCUCUGCCUCGUUGGACCGCACGGUCAAGGUCUGGCAGUUGGGCUCCAAUUUUGCCAACUUUACGCUGGAGGGACACGAAAAGGGCGUCAAUUGUGUCGAUUAUUAUCAUGGCGGGGAUAAGCCCUACUUGAUUUCGGGCGCCGAUGACCGAUUGGUCAAGAUCUGGGACUAUCAGAACAAGACGUGUGUGCAAACAUUGGAGGGACACGCACAGAACAUUUCUGCAGUCUGUUUCCAUCCCGAAUUGCCGAUUGUGCUGACAGGCUCCGAGGACGGCACCGUUCGCAUUUGGCAUUCCGGCACAUACCGCCUGGAGACCUGCCUCAACUAUGGCUUCGAACGCGUGUGGACCAUUGCCAGCAUGCGUGGCACCAACAACGUGGCCCUCGGCUAUGAUGAGGGCUCCAUCAUCAUCAAGGUGGGCCGUGAGGAGCCCGCUAUGUCUAUGGAUGUAGUUGGCGGUAAAAUCGUUUGGGCCAAACACUCGGAAAUGCAGCAGGUGAAUCUAAAGACCAUUGCCGACGGCACUGAGAUUAAGGAUGGCGAACGCUUGCCCGUUGCCGUCAAGGACAUGGGCGCCUGCGAGAUCUACCCACAGACGAUUGCCCAUAAUCCGAAUGGCCGCUUUGUAGUUGUUUGCGGCGAUGGCGAAUACAUAAUCUACACAUCGAUGGCUCUGCGCAACAAGGCUUUUGGCUCGGCCCAGGAAUUCGUUUGGGCACUGGAGAGCAACGAGUAUGCCAUACGCGAGAACAAUGGCACCGUGCGGUUGUUCCGCAACUUCAAGGAGCGCAAGAGCUUCACACCCGAGUACGGGGCCGAGAGUAUUUACGGUGGAUACUACUUUGGCGUGAAGACCUCGUCGGGCCUGGCCUUCUACGACUGGGAGACCCUCCAGCUGGUGCGUCGCAUUGAGGUGCAGCCAAAGAACGUGUUCUGGAAUGAGAGCGGCAGCCUCGUUUGCUUGGCCACAGACGAUUCCUACUUCAUACUGGGCGUGGACACGGCCCAAGUAGCGAAUGCCGUCGAAUCCAAGGAGGGUCUGGAGGAUGAUGGUGUGGAAAGUGCUUUCAAUGUAUUAGGCGAGGUCUCUGAAUCUGUGAAGACGGGACUGUGGGUUGGCGACUGCUUCAUCUAUACGAACUCUGUGAAUCGCAUCAACUAUUAUGUGGGCGGUGAAAUUGUGACCGUGUCGCAUUUGGAUCGCACCAUGUACUUGCUGGGCUACGUGCCCAAGGAUAACCGCUUGUAUUUGGGCGACAAGGAGCUGAAUGUGAUCAGCUUCUGCCUACAGUUGUCGGUGCUGGAAUACCAGACGGCCGUGAUGCGUCGCGAUUUUGAGCGGGCCGAUCAGGUGCUGCCGACCAUACCCAAAGAGCAUCGCACCAGAGUGGCACACUUUCUCGAGAAGCAGGGCUUCAAGUCUCAGGCUCUGCAGGUCUCCACCGACGCUGACCACAAGUUUGACCUGGCCCUGCAAAUCGAUGAGCUGGACAUAGCCCUGAGGCUGGCCCGCGAGGCCGAGAACUCCCAGAAAUGGUCACAGCUGGCGGAUGUGGCGGCGCGCAAGAAUAACAUGGCGUUGGUCCAGGAGUGCAUGAGGAAGGCGAAUGACUUCAGUGGAUUGCUGAUGCUCUCCACUGCCUCGGGCGAUGCACAGAUGCUCGAGGAGGUGGAGGCUGUCUCCUCUGUAAUGGCACGUCACAACGCCUCCUUCCUGGCCGCAUUCCUGCGUUCGGACGUGCACCGUUGCCUCGACCUUCUCAUCGAAAACAACCGCUUGCCCGAGGCGGCAUUCUUUGCCCGCACAUAUCUGCCCAGCCAGAUGUCGCGUGUGGUUGCGCUGUGGCGCGAGGAGCUGGGCAAGGUCAACGAGAAGGCCGGCCAAUCGCUGGCCGAUCCAGCUCAGUAUACAAAUCUCUUUCCUGGGCUGACUGAUGCCCUGCGCGUGGAGCAGCAUCUGCAGGAGGAAAGGACUCGCAGGGUGCCAGCCCGCUUGGCUGGACAGCUGCCCUUGAAUAGCGAGCGCAAUCCUCUCGAGGAACUGAACUCAGCCGAGCGGCAGAGUGGAGGCCAGCCGGAAGAGAAAAUAAAGGCGGCCCCUCUCUCCGCUCAGGUUCCCGUGGCCAGCGCCCAGGAAGCCAGCUCAGCCGUCAAUGUUGUGGACGACGACGACGACGAUGACGACCUGGAUCUGGAGAUUGACGGCAUAACACUGGAUGAUAACAUAGAUACGACAGAUGUCAAUCUCGAUGAUGACUUUUUAAGCGAUGAUUAGAUGAAGCAGAUGAGGUGGAGCGCCAGAUUUAGAAAUACUAUAAAAUUCUUUGUUUAUUGCUAGGGGAGUCCCACACGAGCAUUUCAAGCUACACAAUUCCGCGCAUGCAAUCGCAUUUGAUUUGAUUGAAUGUUGUUUCCCGUGCAUUACCUAUACAACAGUAAAAUAAAUAUAUAAUAUGUACAACAAA